GUUUGUCUGAGACUCUACACAGUGCGGGAGUGUCUAGAACACUUCUACAUGACGAGUGUCUACAUCGCUUUUGGAUUUCACACAGACAAGAUGGUGGUGGCUGAAGUAUGUGGAGUCUAGGCCAGUGCUGUACUCUAGCUGCGACUCUAGUAACCUUGCUACGCUCAGCUGGAGGAUUCGAUAUACGAUCAUGUGACAGCUCCCUAGGACUGGAGUCAGGAGUAGUCCCAGACUCGGCAGUGACAGCCAGUUCAUCCUACGUGCCCAAUGUAGGACCACAGUUUGGCCGGUUGAAGGUGGAGAGGGCAGGAGGUGGAUGGUGUCCCAAGCAACAGAUAGAACGUGGUGUCCGAGAGUUCCUACAGGUAGACCUGGACGAGGUGUACGUGGUCACCGGUGUCCAGACUCAGGGGAGGUUCGAUCAUGGUAGAGGACAAGAGUACGCUGAAGAGUACAGCCUGGAGUACUGGAGACCGGGACUGGCGGAAUGGAGGGAGUACCAUCGCUGGGAUGGGAAAAAGAUCCUGACCGGUAACAGUGACACCAGCUCCGUGGUAACGCAUCGUUUGACGCCGCCAAUGUUCGCCUCCAAGGUACGCAUCCUCCCCUACAGCAUCCACCGCCGCACAGUAUGUCUUAGGCUGGAACUCCGGGGAUGCCCUCACCAUGGGGGUGUGAUGAACUACAGCAUGCCUGAGGAGCCUAGCUGGGAGCCUGGUCAAGAUCUAAGUGAUGUCAGCUACGACGGGGAACGAACCGGCGGCAUGCUGCUUGGAGGCUUGGGCAGACUGGUGGACGGGACGUACGGUGGUGACAACUUUAAACUUGACAUUGGCUAUGGAAAAGGUAACGGCUGGGUCGGAUGGAGAAGGGAGUCUUUCCCCCACAACCACGUGGAACUUGUGUUUGAGUUCGACAACUUGAGAAACCUCACUGCCGUGCAUAUUUACACAAACAACUUCUUCAGCAAGGGCGUACAGGUUUUUAGCAAAGCGAGAGUACAAUUCAGCCUGGACGGACAGACGUAUGGGGGAAGAUCUGUCACAUACAACUAUAUGCCAGACAUUGUUUUAGAGAACGCCAGAAAUGUGUCCAUCAACCUGCAUAACAGAGUAGCGAGGUUUGUCAAGAUGCAGCUCUACUUUGCUGACAACUUCAUCAUCAUCAGCGAAGUCACUUUUGAUUCCACUCCAGUUGACGGGAACCUCACCUCCGACUGGACCACCCUGGGGGGAGCCGAGGAAACAGUGAUCUACGCCCGAGGAGCUCAAGACCUCCCCUGGGAGCCCUUCGAGACUAUUACUGCGGAGAAGGACGGUAAACAAGAGGACUAUGCAGAGGUGCUGAUAGGAGUUCAGACAGCAGUGAUGCUGCUGCUGCUCGGAGUGUUCGUCAUAAUCCUGUUCCUCAGCAGACGACAAAAGCUGCAAGGAUCUCCCACCACAAUACUCAGAAACCCCUUUAGUGUCAGAGUCAACAUGAAGGAUCUGCUAAUGAAUUUGUCGCCUCUCAACAACAACCAGAAUCUCCGAAGCAACUUGCCAACUCCUGUGACUCCAGAUGCGGUCACGGACUCUCUUUCUCUGUGUAUGGAACAACAACAUCCGCUUGUGUCGUCAUACACGUCUGAAAACAACUACGCCACACUGCCAUGUCAUCAAGCCGCUAAAGCUCCAUCCAUAGACCCUGAGAUACAGCAUAAGCUACUACCGACUGAAAUGGAGAGGGAAAGAGACUGGGACUUGGAUAGAGAGCGUGAAAAAGAGAGGGAGAGAGAAAGAGUUCAGCCAAUGAGUGAAGACGAAGAGGGCUCUGUAAGACCGAGUACUGCAACGGGAAGUCCCACCAAGAGUGUCAUGUCGCUGCAGCUACAGAAUCCUUCCACACCGGUACAGCUGACUAGUGCCUCUAGGAUGAACACGUUAUCACUCAGUGGCGGCUCCUUCCCUGGCCCAGACUCUCCUAGCAGGAAACGAUACCAUACAGCGCCCAGGGACAAGCAUAGGCAAGCACCCCCAGUGGUGACGUGGAACAUCGCCCCUAGCAUGGGUGCUCCGUACAAAUGCAGGGAAACCGACCUGAUACCGAUUCCACGGUACUGCCUGCAGGUCCUGCACACCGUGGGGUCCUGCCAUCUAGGGGAGUUUCAUGUCUGUCAGUUAGAGGAUCGGAAGGAGCGAGUAGCCGUGCGGACUUUGAAGGGUGAUUGUCUACGAGAGUUGCGCUUCCUCUCUAGUCUUUCGGACACAAAUGUUGUGCGUACCAUUGGAGUAUGUACAUCGGAGAACCCUCCAUGGGUUAUCACAGAGUACACGGGUGACCUGGGCGAUCUGGUGCGGGUCCUCAGAAACAACACGAGUCUCAAGUAUGAGUGCCUUAUGUUCAUCGCCACACAAGUGGCGUCAGGAAUGAAGUAUUUGGAGUCUAAAAACGUUGUUCAUAAGGAUUUAGGGGCGAGGAACUGUCUAGUGGGAAGAGGAUACAUCGUAAAGGUAGCAGACGUGGCCAUGUGUAACCCGGAGUACAAGGAAGACUAUAGUGAGAUUGGUGGAAGACCUCUUGCUCCAGUCCGCUGGCUUCCAUGGGAGAGCAUACUUAUGGAUCGAUACACGUGUUCGAGUACAGUCUGGUCUUUCGCAGUCACGCUAUGGGAGAUCCUCAGCUACGCCCAAGAGAAGCCAUUCAAACACCUGACCAAUCAACAUGUCAUACAGAACGCUGAACAUAUGUACUACGGUGGUGAACUGGAGAUUUUACUACCGAAACCAACAAUCUGCCCUCAAGAGGUUUACGAACUUAUGGAGGCUUGCUGGAAAAGAGAGCCGAAAUCCAGACCAACAUUCAAAGAAAUCUACAUGUUUCUCAAGUGCAAGAAUUUAGUAGCAUUGGACUGUCUUAGCUCAAAAUGAUAACUGUAUUAUACUAGCUGAAAUUUGUAAAAAUCCUGUAUUAUUUUGUAAAGAAUAGUUUAGAUGUGUACAUAUUGAUUUAGUUUACAUGUUAAGUAUUGAGUUCACAUUUAUCACACUAUAAACUGCACAACUAAUAACUAGAACAACUGUAAAUAAAUAUUAAAAAAAAUACACGAAAUGUAAACAAAAUCUUCUUUGGUCAGUUUAGUUGGUAUACUUUUGCUGGGAAUUUAUGAUUCUUAUUCCCCUUAACACUUACCAAUUCUAUGAUCUUUUUAAUUUGGGAUGUUUUUGGUGUAUAUUUUCGUUUCAACCUAACCAUGAGUAAAAUAAUAUUAUUCACGCUACCGUUUCAUUUAAAGGUGAAUUCAUCAUUUAUACGAUGUAAAUUUUUUAUCAAAAUUUUACAAAAUGUAUGACUAUGUAAA